AUGGUUGAGCCGAGUCCAGUGACAACGUGCGAGACGCGUCAGAGCGGCCUAGAGAGCUGGACACAGACCACUACCUACAGAACAAAACCAUAUUACAAAGCCGGUACCUUUAAAACACACGCUUCGCUAGGCGUCGGCUAUGAACAGCCUUUCGAAACGAUUCCAAUUGAUUUUGUCUCAGCAUCACCGCUAUUAUUUAGGGGAUGCGUCAUACAUAUAUACUACAUUCCUCCAAGAGUUACCCCAACCAGAUGUCCAGUCGAACGAUUGUGA